CGGCCAUAUUGGAUCUGUGACAACAAGUCAUGACAUAGGACGGACCCAGGACUUCUUCUUGUCUCAGCUCUCCUGCAUGCUUCUUCUUGUUUGUUCUCCUUCCAACUCUAAGCUCAGAUUUUACCCAAAAAAACCAAAGAAAAAAACUCGCUCAGAUGGUUUGGAACUGGGAAGUACAACUCAGUAGAUAAAAGAGCAAUCUUUCAUAGCAUUGCUGGACUAGGAACUAAGGAGAAUCCUUUUGGGUUCCACCUUUAAACCUAGUUAUGGAUAACUUGAGAGCUACUUACAGGGACGAGGAUGACGAUGAAGACGAUUGGGGCAACAAUGGAACCCAACCUGCCACCAUUGAACCUUCAGGAAAGAACUUAGACGAACAUAUAAAACAGGAAGAAGCUUCUGAGGAGCUCUCCGAAGAGGAACUCUCCGACGAUGACAAUGAUGAAGAAACCCCGAAAACCCUACACCAAAAACAAGAGCAACAAUCACCAAAAACCAUCUCAAUCUCCGAUGAAGAUGAAAAUCAUCUUAGGAAGAAGAAAAAGCCCCUAUCUUCCUUCAGUUUGAAAGCCCUCGAAGCAAUGCCACUAGAACAAGCGGAACCGGAGACAAUUACGCUAACCCCACCAGCAGCGCCAGCGGCGAUAAAGAAGCCCAAGAAGAAAAACAACAAUGUUUGGGCGAAAUCAUCACGGAAGAACAAGAAGAAGAGUAAAUCCAAUGCCAACCAUGUGACCGCAGUAAACAAUGUCUUUAUAGCUCCAAUGGCUCGGUUCCCUGACAAGAGCGACGAUACACCCGACAUAAAAAUUUGCCUCUCCAAGGUCUACAAGGCUGAGAAAGUUGAGCUCGGUGACGACCGUUUGUCUGCGGGGAGUUCCAAAGGAUACCGAAUGGUUAGGGCGACGAGAGGGGUUGUUGAGGGUGCUUGGUAUUUUGAAAUUAAAGUAUCGAAGCUUGGGGAGACCGGUCAUACGAGGCUUGGGUGGACAACGGAGAAGGGGGAUUUGCAGGCGCCGGUUGGGUACGAUGGGAAUAGUUUUGGGUAUAGAGAUACAGAUGGGAGUAAGGUUCAUAAGGCUCUGACAGAGAAGUAUGGUGAAGAAGGUUAUGUGGAAGGUGAUAUUAUUGGUUGCUACAUUAAUUUGCCUGAUGGAGCUUUGUAUGCCCCAAAACCACCGCAUUUUGUUUUUUACAAGGGGCAGAAGUAUGCGUGCGCUCCUGAUGGGAAGGAAGAUCCACCCAAAGUAGUACCAGGAAGUGAGAUAUCUUUUUUCAAGAAUGGAGUAUGCCAAGGUGUUGCUUUCAAGGAUCUGAAUGGGGGACGCUACUACCCUGCUGCUUCCAUGUACACACUCCCCAACCAGCCAAACUGUGUGGUCAAGUUCAAUUUUGGCCCUGAAUUUGAAUGCUUUCCCGAGGACUUCAAAGGACGUCCACUACCCCAACCCAUGAUUGAAGUUCCCUAUCAUGGGUUUGACAGCACUGUCCAGAAUGGUGCAUCCGAGGAGAGGAAAACUUAGCCGAAUAAGUAAUUGUAUUUUGGUUUUUUCCCCAGAGAACAUCACAUUUGGGGGGUGGGAUGGCCAUGUAAUUGUAGUUUAGCAGCAUGGUUCUAAUUAUUGUUUCCUUGUGACUGAGAACAGACAGGAGUGCUGUAAAUUGAUGAAAUUUUCUUUGGAAGAAAGAAUGAACUAAUUAUACUA